CGCUGAUGCUGCAGCAGGACACGCAGUCCUGGGACACACCGCUGCACACCGCCUGCAGGCACCAUUUCCUUGUCGUACUGCGCUGGCUGCUGCCGCGUGCCGACGCGGAUGUGCUGCUGGCGGCCACCAAGGACGGCUGGCUGCCGCUGCACACCGCCUGCCGCUGCGGGGCGGAGGAGGAGGCGGCGGCGUACCUCGAGGAGGUGGAGCGGUGGGGGCUGCUGGAGGAGGAGGGGCCGCGAAAGGUUAUCCUGUCGGACCUGUCACCCUUCAACCGCUACUACCGCGACCACGGGGCUGUGGAGGUGCUGCACAGGGCCCUGGAGCGGGUACGGAGCGGGCUGGGGCACCUACCUGCAUUCCCGGUGGCUGGGGCGCACUUGUUUGGUUGUCAUGCGGCCACCCCGGCGUCCAUGCUGGCACCCGGGGGUGCAUGGCAUGGGGGGGUGCAUGGCAUGCUCCCAUCCGCUUGGGGAGGUGGCAGCAGCAGCCCCUGCUGUUCUGUCCUGCGCUCCCGCACACACCUGCGGCGGCCGCACCGCCGCACCGCUCACGG